AUGGUUAAUAGUGAUGUGUAUUACAGAGAUGUACAAUUAUUUAAAAACCAGGCUGUUGCUGAUGAGGUGGCAUCUGCAAAAGGGCUGGUAGCAGGAGAUUUAAAAAUUUUCGAAAAUAAGAAGGUGGUACUAGAUACUUCAAUUAAUAGUUCAUUAUCAA